AUGCUGCUACCCAACAGUUUCUACGCUUUCGCUGCGGUCCUCAUCCGCCAAGUCCUGGCAGAGGACAGAACAUCAUGCUAUACAGCCAUGACCUACGACGGCGAGCCUGAUGAGUGCUAUCUGCCAACUGAAUGGUCGACUCACACGGAACCAUGUACCAUAACGGAGACCUCAACCGGCUAUGCGUCCAACGCUCAUCAAGUCAUCGAGACAGUGACCGUUGACUCCUAUGUUACAGUCACCGAUCUGAAGAAUGGUGUCUCCACCACCACGAAGACUGUCACCGUCAGCCAAGGCAUCACAGCUACAUCGACUGUUACGGCCACGACCAGGAUCGAUGUCAAGAAGACGAUCGUGGUGCCCGCUCAGGCGCACUUCACUCCUGUCCAGUCGUCUCUUCCUGGAUUCACCAAUGGUACCAACGUGAAGAGAUCCGAAGAGGGCCUCACGCGACGGACCUCUCCCAAUCCACCUAGCUACGGUGCCAAGUCGCAACCAAAGAGCGUCGAGUAUCACAAAUACACCAACAACGAGAACUGUGUCACGAAGAAGGAGACUGCGAUGACGAACUACGCCGGCAGUCCGCAUACCGAGAUCCUUACAGUAACUAAGGCCGCUACCUCCAUCGUGUGUCCCAACGCAAAAGAGACGGUGACUGCCACAAGCACCAUCAUCAACUACAGCACUGUAAGUAUCUCUCUGGAAGCAUUCCGUUUCAACUCCACAGUCCUAACCGGCAUACACCGUACUGCGAACAUCAUCCUCACAACCACCUCCACCCAAGAGAGCAUCGUCGGAACGACCACCGUCAACGAACCCUGUCUAACAAAAGCCAACUACGCCGACGCCGUCUCCGCCGCACCUAUUUCCUUCAUUAAUGCCCCUCCCAACUUUUACAACGACAACUUCCAACAGAUCGAAACAUCCAACUCCUUCAACUGCUGCAACGCCGCGUUCAAUCUCUCCAUGUAUGAGGCCACUCCGGAACCCCGGAGCAGCAACGAUACCCCACCAAUCGAGUCCUCCUACCUCUUCAUCUUCGAUCGACGCGUGGAUCCUGAUGAUGCGAGCAAGGUCAUUGGGUAG